ACAAUAAAAUAAAUUUUUUGCGAACAUUUCACAUUCUCUGACACUCCCCUCAAUUCGCAUAUCUUCAAAGCUCCUCCACUCGAAAAUGUCUUCCUUCCCUGACUCGUUCGACGAACUCGGUCCCGACUCACAUUCCGUCGCGCAAACUCACCCCUUCGACGAUGACGACAAUGGCUACGUUGCAGAAGGAGGCUACUCCAAUUUCGCCGAUUCCGACUCAGUCAGGGAAUCGCAGCUCGAAGACUCGGAUUUCUUUAACAACAAUGGCGGUUUUGGAUCUAACGGUAUUCCACUGGAUAAUGACGUUUUCGUCGAAUCGGACGGUGCAAUUUUGCCGCCUCCUGAUGAAAUGCAGGAGGAAGGUUUUGCUCUUCGCGAAUGGCGGAGGCAAAAUGCUGUUCGACUGGAAGAGAAGGAGAAGAAAGAGAAAGAAAUACUGAGCCAGAUCAUUGAGGAAGCAAAUGACUACAAAGUUGCCUUUCAUGAGAAGAGAAAGGUUACAUGUGAGAACAAUAUAAGCAACAACAGAGAGAAGGAGAAGUUCUUUAUGGCCAACCAUGAGAAGUUUCACAAGGAGGCUGACAAGAAUUACUGGAAGACAAUUGCAGAGCUCAUUCCUAAUGAAGUCCCUACUAUAGAGAAGAAAAGAGGGAAAAAGGAGCAGGAGAAGAAGCCUUCUAUUGCUGUGAUUCAAGGACCAAAGCCCGGGAAGCCUACUGACCUUGCAAGGAUGAGGCAAAUACUUGUGAAGCUGAAACACAAUACUCCUAUCCACCUUAAACUGGCCUCACCACCUGCAGAUGCCAAAACCGAUGGUACCACUCCUGAGGCCUCCCAGACCGCAGCUGUUGCUGUUACGCCACAGGCUGUAGCUGCUGCAUGAUUGGUGAUUUACAUUUGAAGGUCUCUGUAUGUUAUAGAAGUAUAUGAGGGUAGAUGGUUGAGCCUUCACUGUGUUGCUUCAAUGUAGAGUCAGUGACUUGCUACAUUGACGGUGCAUGAUUUUCUAGUUCAUUAUGGCCUGGCUCAUUACAUACCUGUGGGACGAGUGUAAUGUAUGAAGUAAAAUGUGAAGCCACCAGAUUUUAUUGGCAUUAAUGUACGUAGCAUUUUGACA